AGGUGAGGAGGUGUCAUGUUAGUCGUGCGGGCACCGUCGUACUCACCUCGGAAUUUGCUUAUUGCCGGGGAGGAGAGCUUCAUGUCUCCUGGGGUUUGUCCAUUUCAACGGGGCCUUCGUUGCUUCUUCCUCAUUAGUCCGUUUGUCUCAGUAUACCCUCGAUUGCACACUUCUUUGUCUUCAUUGGCCAUUCUCCGUAACAAGCCCAACCCACCACGGCGUGCCAAACCACGUUCGCCGCCCUUUACAGCCGCAACUCCACCAGAGAAACAAAAGAAGUGCGCUUGUUCGUUCGGGGGGAGACUCCUUACAGUUCUGCCACUUGUUGGCGCCUUCACCAAGGAUCUUAAAGCCCCUCUGCAACUUGACUGAGAUAUAAACCACACCAUCCCUCCUCGUCAUCCUCCAUCUAGUCAUCAUCUACCUCACCACAACCUCGCAAUGACACGACAAGACCCUCAACUCUCUCGGCAUGUCGAUGCUCAAGGCAGCGGAUCUGGCCAAGCUACCCGAAGCAACGCCGCCUACACAAUACGCGAGGCGCCGUUCGCAGCACCGCGACCUGUUCGUAUCAUCGGGGUCGGCGCUGGAGCCAGCGGGAUCAACCUGAUCCGCACCCUCAGAAACACGCUUGGUGCUUCGACAUACGAGGUUGUGGUCUACGAAAAGAACCAGAAUGUCGGAGGUACCUGGUUCGAGAACCGUUAUCCGGGAUGCAAGUGCGACGUGCCCAGUCACAACUACCAGUUCACUUGGAAGCCGAACCCGGCCUGGUCAAGCUUCUUCGCCCCCGCAGCCGAGAUCGAGCAAUACCUGUGCCAGGUUUGUGAUGAAGAGAACCUGCGGCCUCACAUCAAGACCUCGCAUCAGAUCGUAGGGGCCGUUUGGUCCGAGCCCAAGGCCAGGUGGGAUUUGCAGAUCAGGGACCUGGCGACUGAUAUGGUCUUCGAAGAUCAUGCCGACUUUUUCAUCGACGCAACCGGUAUCUUGAACAAAUGGAAAUUCCCCGACGUGAAGGGCUUGUCCGACUUCAAGGGUACUUUGAUCCACAGCGCAAACUGGCCCGAAGACUUCGACUACGCCAACAAGACGGUGGCCGUCAUUGGAAACGGAGCGUCUGGUGUCCAGAUUGUACCAGCUAUCCGCGCCCACGUGAAGAGACUACACCACAUCAUCCGCACGCCAACCCUGGUCAUCCCGCCUCGCGUUACAACAAUGAAGAUGGGCCCUUCGGCUUCUCUCCUUGAACAAAUUGAAAUGGACGAGGAGGGACGCUUCUCGGCGGCGACGAUUGCCAAGUUCCAGAACGACCCGGCCUUUUACGAGAAGUUCGCGCAGACCCUCGAGCUGGAUUCAAACAUCAAGUUUGCCAUUUCGCUCAUCGCCGACAGUCCUCAACAGGCGUGGGCACUGGGGAAGACAAAAGAGUUCAUGACGGCGAUGCUGAGGGGUAACGAGAAACUCUGCAAGCAACUGAUACCCGACUUUUCCCUGGGAUGCAAGCGGCUCACUCAGGCGCCGGGCUAUCUCGAGUCCUUCCACGACCCCAAGCUCGCUCUUCACACUGACACCAUCGAGAGUUUCGUCCCCGAGGGAAUAAAGCUAGCCAACGGCGAGGUCCUCGAGGUCGAUGCCAUCAUCUGUGCCACAGGCUUUGAUUCCUCGUUCCGCCCUGCCUUCCCGCUUGUUGGUCGGCACGGCAACUUGCAGGAUAUCUGGUCCGAGCAAACACCGAAGGCCUACAUGUCCCUUGGUGUUGCAGGCUUUCCCAACUACUUUAAGUUCUUGGGCCCCAACGCCCCAAUUGCACAGGGCGACGUUCUCACACUCAGCGAGCACAUCGCCACAUACAUCGCCAACGCGAUCCAGAAGUGCCAGACACAGGGCAUCCGUUCGAUUGUCCCGUCGGAAGCCGCCGUCGAGGACUACUUUGAGCACACCACCACCUUCAUGCCGCGUACGGUCUUCGCCGGGGGUUGCAGAUCUUGGUACAAGCAGGGCGAGGUCGAUGGCCCUGUGACGGCGUUGCACCCUGGCAGCCGUGCUCACUUCAUUCGCCUGCUGGAGCACUUCAGGGGCGAGGACUGGGAAUACACGUACGAGAACGCGAGGCAGAACCGGUUUGCAUACUUGGGCAACGGGUUCACCGCGCCGGAGAUGGCGAUACUCAAGGCUGGAGCGCCUGGUUCGUAAGGCGACGCCGCCGGAUGCAUGGCUCAAUAUGAGUGGCUUAAUAUGACCUUUUACAUAGACAGGGGUGUGGUUUGGUGGCUAGAAUUAUUCUGGGCGGCUCAGUUUUUGGGCGGUUCUGCAGGCGUUGAUUUCGGCUGGGAACUCUUGAUCUAGGCACGGCGAACAUGAAAUCUGUCUCCCAACGAGUCCAAUCUAGGCGCCA